AAAAAAUUAAAGACUCAAAAAGGAACAAAAGAUCUAAAAUGGGACCUUCAUUUUCUUAAAGAAAUCAAUCACAUUGGCUUUCGGGAACAAGUUCGAAAGUUAAAUGCUUCAAAGAAAUGUGUUACUGGGUGAAAGGAAAUGAGAGAGGAACUCGGGGUUGGGUUUGAGAUACAAUGACUGGAGGGUCAUUGGGUCUACGUACAGGGAGUUAUGGGUCAUUGCAGAGCAUCAAAAACGUUAUUGCUGGUUCUAGAGAAAAGGAGAGGUCUCUCCCCUCCGUUUGGUAUCGGUGUUUGGGUCGCCGGAAAGUUUCCAUGCUGUUUCUGGUUGCCCUUUCCCUUUUGGUCUUCGUCUUGGGUUCUUUUCUUGUCAACAAAGAGACAGAAAGUCGUAGUCCAACUGUGGAUCAACGGAUUGGAACUAUGAGCAUGACUCAUUACCUGAACGGUGCCCAUAGUGAAGCUUCACGGAUACUUGGAAGGAAGGAUCAGCAUAAAGAUAAAAAGUAUUCUGCAGCAAAUAGUGUGAAUGGGGGCGAUGGAAAUAAAUUUCAAGUUUCUGAUUCUAAAGGUGCAAACCAUCCAUGCAUGAAUUUCACAUUUCCUCCUCCCCCUCCACCUUAUCUUAGACGGAUUGGGCCUCGGCCAUGUCCAGUAUGUUACCUCCCCGUGGAUCAGGCCAUAGCUAGCAUGCCAAGCUCCCCAUCAGAAUCUCCAGUGCUUCAUAAUUUGACAUAUGUUCAUGAUGAAAAUCCAAUUAAAACUGAACCACAUGGGGGCUCUGACUUUGGUGGAUAUCCGUCUCUAAAGCAAAGAGAAGAUUUAUUUGACAUAAAAGAGUCGAUGACAGUCCACUGUGGAUUUGUCAAGGGAAGUAAACCUGGACACCAGACUGGAUUUGACUUUGACGAGUCUGAUCUGGAAGAGUUGCAGCAGUUCCACGAGAUCAUCGUUGCGUCGGCUAUAUUUGGGAACUAUGACGUGAUACAACAGCCCAUGAACAUCAGUGAAGAAGCAAAGAAAAAUGUUCCUUUCUACAUGUUUAUUGAUAAAGAAACAGAAGCAUAUAUGAAGAACAAAAGUGUGUUGGAUGACAGUAAAAAGGUGGGCUUGUGGAGAAUUGUUGUGAUUCACAAUGUUCCUUACAUGGAUGCGAGACGUAAUGGCAAGGUCCCAAAGCUUUUGUUACAUAGAAUCUUCCCAAAUGUUCGCUACUCUUUAUGGAUCGACGGAAAGCUCCAGCUUGUUGUGGAUCCUUAUCAAGUUCUUGAGAGAUUCUUGUGGCGCCAUAAUGCUAAUUUUGCAAUCUCGAGACACUACAGGCGAUUUGAUGUCUUUGUAGAGGCUGAAGCAAAUAAAGCUGCAGGAAAAUAUGAUAAUUCAUCGAUUGAUGCGCAGGUGGAUUUUUAUAAAAAAGAGGGAUUAACACCAUAUUCUGAGGCCAAGCUUCCUAUAACCAGUGAUGUUCCUGAAGGUUGUGUACUCAUAAAGGAACAUAUUCCAAUCACGAAUCUUUUUACAUGCCUGUGGUUCAAUGAAGUUGAUCGUUUUACAUCUCGGGACCAAUUAAGCUUUGGUAUGGUGAGGGAUAAGAUAAUGGCGAAAGUUGAUUGGCAUAUCAAUAUGUUUUUGGAUUGUGAACGACGCAAUUUUGUCAUACAGGCAUAUCAUAGAGAUCUAUUGGAGCACAUGCCCCCACCAGUUGUGAUUCGACGCCCACCGGCUUUGCCAAAUACAAAUGUCCGUGGAAGAAAUCAAGGGAAGAGGACUCCAAGACGUGGCAGGGAUAAGAGAUCUGGUUCGAGACGUCACCGUAGGGCUACUGCUGGUAACAGAGAUGGCACUUUCUUUUAAAUGCUUUUUGAACCAAAAAGAAGAUAAGAGAAGAAAUCUCGUUCUCUUUCUUCAUCGUCAACCAUCUUCUUUUCUUUCGGCAAAAACAAAUUUGCUUCUUUUCUUCCCCGUCUCGGAAUAGGAGGACUAGUUGGCUAAUUUUAGGAUUAUGGCACAAAUUUUUGUCUGGAAAAAAUUUGUUAUCUAUUCUUUUAUUGUUGUACACCCUGAAUGAGCUUCAUAAAUGCUCUGCUCUCAUUGUCC